AUGGUUGUGAAUUCCGCGGCGCGACCGUGCUCGACGCUUCCUACAACCUCUCGUCUGCUGCUGAUCAUACUGCUCUGUACAUGCUUCGUGAAUGAAGUCGCGCUCCUAGGUGUCGGGGCUCUCAGCAUCUCAACUGCCAACGGCGCUACAUUAACGUCCGGAAACGCUUUGGGAGGACACCAUGGUUUCGCUGGUGGCGAGGGUGUCGGCGCCAGCCGGCGGCUGCAAAAUGCUCGAUUCGGAUAUCGCGCACUGCCGGCGUACGCCGCCCCAACCGUGCCGGUAAGCGUUAGCAAGGUGAGAUGCGGGGAAAUCGUCGUCGGCGUGCCGGAACGGCGCAACGAGGAUGGCACCGUCGAAGUUGACAUCGGAGCGGAGGCGCCGCUCGUUGUUGCCCGGGAGUCGCUAGUGUUCCUCAGUGACGAAGAACGAAGCCGAUUCGACAAAAUACUCGAGUCGUUCGGUCAACCUGAGUUUGUGCCGCAAAAGUCGGUGGACGAGCUCGUAGGGGACACGCUGAUACGCGCCAGGCAGAUGCCCGUGCGUAAGCGCAUGACCCACAUGAGGCCCCGGCUUAUAUACCCCGACGACUGCAAGAAGGACACCACUGCCACUCAAAUAUUGAGUUACGACCUCGGUGUUGGGGGCGAAAUCAGGCCUAGGCAGCUCUCGACACCGCGCAUUGCAGGGCGGAAGCAGCCGCACUGCUGGUUCAGGGACGACCAGAUGGAGUUCAUCGUCACCGACGUGGAUGUCUAUGGCAACAAACUGCUGGGCGAGGUCUGGUCGCCCAGCAUCGUCGAGACCAAACGGCAGGCGUACAUGGCGAUGGCCGUGGAGUCCGUCAAGCCCACGUGCCCAAUCUCACCGUACAUGGCCGUCAUCAAGGAACGGGACGGCGACUUGUUGGUGCUACAGCUUCUGGACGAGCAUCUGGAGGGCUUCAAUGCGUACUCCAUGGCUCUGCCGAAAGACAACCCAGGGGACCGCGUCAUGGUGUACCUGGCCGCGGCCGACCCCGACCUGCAGCACGUUUACUUCACGAGGAACGGGAUUGGCAACGAGCAGCUGCGCGAAGAGAACCUCAAGGUGCUGUACGACGAGAUGCUGCAUCAUUACGUCAAGACGGGAAGAUGGUUCCGCGCGCAAUACGAGGAGGACCACGGCGAGUCCAUCCAGCUGCGCGUGGCGGGCAAGCCCAUCCCCGAAAGCAACUACGCUGCGCACAUAUUCCUGAGCCAAAUGCCGUAUUUCAGCCCCGAGGGGCUCCUGAACGAGACAUUCAAGCGCCUCAACAUGCCCAACGAGCACUUCUACUACCACGAUACCAUGAUCAACGUCGGGAAGCUGAACUACGGCUUCAACUACGACAACUGCAUGUUCGUGCGCGUACACGAGUACAAGGUGCCGCAGACGUUAUACUCGGAUGGCAAGGUGAAGGUCUCCAGGUCCGUGCAGAGCAUCGAGCUCACAACGCUCAACGUCUGCAAGCCGCAGGGCCAGCUCGAGAAGGCGUUCAAGAAACUGACUGAACAGAAGGUAGAGGAGAUGAAGGAUUUGAAGAUGUACACCUCCUACCCCUCGCUCGUCCUUGGGCAGGACGACGGAUACCUCUACCUGGCCAUUAACUACCUCCGGAAACCCGACUUCACACUAGCGGACGACUACUUCGUGGGGAUCAUGAAACUAGUCCCCAAGUCGAAAACAGCCGCGCCGGGAUCGUUCGUGAAUGCGCGGGUUGCCGCGAUAUCGCAAAAUCAGGUUAAUAUGCGCUACAUGCAAACGCGGUCGGAGAUCGGCGGCCAUGACAGCUUCAAGUACACGGCAUUCACGCAUUGGCUAAACGAGGUGAACGAGGGCAAACAGUCGUUCGGGUUCAGCAGGUUCGAGCAGCAGAAGCGCCUCAACCUCAUCUGGAUGGACGGGCUCUGCAUCCCGCCGCCAGGGUCGCCGCAAUACGAUAAGUAUCUUGCGCUGCAGCCUGCAAUUACGGAAACGGCAUUCGUGCACGCCAUAGAUGAGUCGCUGUCGCCAAUGGGCACGGAGAACGUUCUGGAUCAGACCAUCAACGGGAGGCAGCGGCCGUUGGCCCCGGCAUCGCUGACGACAUCGCUGCUCAGGGUGGCUCGGCAGUACCGGGAGGAAACUGAAAAACGGCGCCACGUCCCCAUAGACAUGGCGAACUUCGGCAGCUACACUAUAGAGUUUGACGACCACCCAGAUUACGCCAUCGCACCGCCCAGGUACUACCUACACAACCGCGAAAUACGGAUGGCGCUUAUCGAGGAACUGCUGAAUGGACGAGAGUUGUGGAAGUUCAAGCGCACUUUGGACAUGGCAAGACUACGCACGGAGGGAGAAAUCAAGGCUUUUUUCUACGACUCCAGAGGGCGGUCCUUCUACAGCCUUUUGGAGCGUAUGCGCGACCCCCUGGAAAGGCGUCAGGUGAAGCCCAAGGAACCCCUGUACUUCGAGAGGAGCAUCAAGCUGCUGCUUUCUGGGAUACAGGACUUCUACCUCGAAGCCAUAUACGACGCUACUGACCGCGAGAAACUCAUUUUCGCGUCGCUGGUCCCGCGGUCGGGGAAGAUUGGCGACUUCGUGCAGAUGGACGAGCUCGAGCAGUACGACCGCUAUGUGCGCAACGAUUUCGUGAUGGACAAGGAGGCGCGCGAGGCUUUGCAAAGGGUGCUGCGAAUCCUGUCGCAUCCCAACAACUCACUGAUGUCGCACAUGCGCCAUCGCCACCGCACCAUUCCCGACGACCUCUUCUACGCGUACAGAAAGACGCUGCAUUACGAAACGUGGGUCGACUACAAGAUGCCGGAGGAGGAGCUACGCGAGGAGUAUUUCUCAUCCAAGGGAAAACCGCUUUUGCCAGCCGUGUCGGAGCUUGUGAAGGAGCCGGAUAAAUUCCCAAUGCACCUCGAAAAGCGGGGGAUGACUCAGAUUAAGGGGCUCUAUACGCAACUCAUGAGGUAG